GGCCAAAUUCAUCACAUCUUGAGAUCUAACAGGGAGGCUCUCGACAUAAAGACAAUAAUGUUGAUAAUAUUAUGUCCCCAUAUCCAUUUAUGCUUGAUCUAAUGCUCCCUCCCCACCACCCUACCAACCCCCUACUCUGAGCCUUUCUACUACUCUCUUCUCUCCUCUGUCGCCGCCUCAAUUCUCUCUAAACUCUAUGGCUCCCUCUCCCUCUUUCUUUCUCAUUUUCUCCAUAUUUUUUGUAUUAUUCCAUGCUACUCCUUCGUUCCAACUACAGCUCAACACCCUGGAUAUCGCUGCAUUGCUCGCAAUCAAGAACACCCUCACCGACGUUCCCGGCACUCACUUCUUCUCCACAUGGGAUUUCGCCUCUCCCCGCCCCUGCUCCGCCUUCGCCGGUGUCAUCUGCUCUCUCGACGACUCCUCUCCAAAUCCCACCCUCCGGGUCACCUCUCUUAUACUUGGCACCGGCCUCUCCGACUCCCCCGGACUCGCCGGCUCACUCUCCGCGUCCCUCUCCAACCUCACCCAACUCACUCAGCUCGUCCUCUACGCCGGCCUCGUCACCGGCCCCAUCCCUCCCCAGCUCGGAAACCUCGUCAACCUCCGAGUCCUCUCCCUCACCAACAACCGUCUCACCGGUCCAAUCCCCGCCUCCUUGUCAUCCCUGCAUAAUUUACAUACUCUGGAUCUGAGUUUCAACCAACUCAGCGGCUCUAUCCCUCCCGGCAUUGCUCAUCUGGAUCAGCUGAAGGUGCUCAUCUUGGCCUCCAACAUGUUGUCCGGUGAGUUGCCCAAGUUCCCGGCGAGUCAGGAACUGUUCCACAUUGAUGUGAAGAGAAACAAGAUAUGGGGGCGGCUGCCGUCGUCAAUGCCGGUGUCGGUCCGUUACUUGUCGGUUUCCGAGAACAGGAUGUGGGGCCCCAUCAACGGCUUGGAAUCACUCUCUGAGUUAGUGUACCUCGACUUAAGCAUGAACCAAUUUAGUGGGCCCAUCCCCAAGUCACUGUUCCAUUCAAGGCUUAAUUCAAUGCUGUUGCAACGGAACAAUUUCUCCGGUGGGGUCCCCACUGAUGCCUCCUCCACAUCCUACGCCCAGGGCUCCAUCGUCGAUCUCAGCCAUAAUCUCCUCACGGGAGAACUGUCUCCGAUUCUGGCAGGCGUCGAGACCCUCUUCCUGAACAACAACCGUCUGAUUGGAAGAGUCCCAGACGAGUAUGUCAACAGCAUUUCCAGAGGUGACACCAAGACACUGUAUUUACAGCACAAUUACAUUUCGGAUUUUCCGAUGCAAUCGGGACUGGCCUUGCCGGACUCAGUGUCCUUGUGCCUCUCCUAUAACUGCAUGGUCCCUCCGGUAGGGCUUGCGGCGUGUCCGGCCAGCGCGGGCGGGCAGCUCUCACGGCCGGCGUACCAGUGCUCGGUGUACAACAAUGGCACGGCCCCAUAGAAGAGGUUUUGGUUUAUAGGUUGAUUAUAUUAUAUUACGGAAUUGAUGAAUGAAAUUAAAAAAAGAGGGUGACAUUGUGGUUGAAUUUGUAAUAUUAUUUUGUGUACGUUUGUAAUUUAAUUACUUACAAAGCGAGUUAUAGAGAUACGUACAAUGAUGAGAAAUUAAAAUAAAGUUUGGAUGAUGGAUGGAUGGAUCAAUGGAUCAUAUCUAUAUAUUUCAGUACGUA